AGCUGUUCAAACAUAAACUUGGCAACAUUUUCACAAAUUGUAAACAAAACGCGAAAUAUAAACAUUUUCCUUAAGAAAAAUGUUAAAAAAUUGUUUUUUACCUAUACAAUAUAAUAAUUUAACUAACAAAACUUGUGGCGAAAUUGUUUGUCAAAGUGAAACUGCCUUCAGCAUUAUAUGUAAAUUUUGUGACUUAAGAAUUUUCGAAUAUGAAGAAUUUCUGCAACAUUUUCGCAAUAACCACUGGACACAGCAGCUAAAUGUAAAGAAUGAAGGAGGCAACGAAGUCCCAGACGAAAUCGAAAAUGAAAAAGACAUAAAACCUGAAAUAUAUGAGGAAACGAAAAUUUUAUGUGAUGUAGACCAUUUAGAUGAAACAGAAGAGGAUUUGGAGACAAAUGAAGAUGAUGAAUGGCAGCCGGAAAUGGAAGAGGAAUACAAUGAGGACUCAAAUGAUAUGACAGUAACCAAAGCUAUCUUGAAAAAGCCUGUGAAAGUCAACAAAAAAAGAGAACGUCCCUUUAAAUGUGAGAUGUGUACACGAACAUUUAGCAACAAGUCCAACUAUGAAGCACAUAAACUUAAGCAUAAAACUGUACAGUACAAUUGUGAUAAAUGCAGUAAAACUUUCGUGACUGAACAUGAACUUGGCCUUCAUCAACGUUCUCAUAAUGGUUACAGCUGUCCGAUUUGUAAUAUGUCUUUUAUGAAAUACGAAUCAUUGCGUACUCACAAGGAGUCUCAUAUAGAAACAAAAAAUUUCAUUUGCACUUAUAAAGAUUGCAAUAAAGCCUUUGCCACCAAACGUCGUCUAGGCUCUCAUAUGCGCUUACACAUACGAGAACCUACACUGGUGUGUGAAUUGUGUGGCGGUCGUUAUCGCUCGACAAAAGAACUAAACGAUCAUAUACGUAGACAUACGGGUGAAAAGCCAUUUGCUUGCAAUUUAUGUGAUCGGCGCUUUACAUCAAAAUCUUUGUUGGGCGAACAUAUGGCGUGUCAUGAAACGGAACGUAAACAUGUAUGUGAAGUAUGUGGUAAAGGCUUUAAUCGUCCUAAGGCAUUAUACCAUCAUAGACACUUACAUUUGGAAGUAAAGAAAUUCGUGUGUAAGAUAUGCGGUGCCGCCUAUGCACAGUGUGCAGGAUUAUCGGCUCAUAUGCGUAAACAUAAGGAACAGGCCAAUAUGCCAACAAAUUCCCCUAGAAAUGAUAUAUUUUUCAGAAAAAAUGGUAUCACCUUGACUGAAUUCCCCAUUGUAAACAAUCGAAAUUGUCAGUUUGUUUAUUUUUCUUUAAAAAAAAAAAUGUUAAAAACUUGUACACUAUCCACAACUUGUACAAAUUUCACAAAUAAAACUUGUGGCGAAAUUGUUUGUCAAACCGAAACUUCAUUUAUAAUCGUCUGUAAAUUAUGUGAUAUUAAAAUAUUUGAUUAUGAGGAAUUUAUUAAACAUUUUCGUCUGACGCAUUGGCCAGAAAUUUGUAAUGAUAAAACUAUAACAAAUAAUUACAAUAGUAAAUGGAAAAAUAAUAUUAAAACCGAAAAUGACACAGAUGAAGAAGAAUUUACAAAUAAUGACUGCGAUAAGGGGAAUGUAGCAAUUGAGAUUGAUAUUAAACAACCGUCUAAAGGUGGCAGAGGCAGUGAUAGUGAAGAGGAGAACAGAGGAGUAGUUACUGAAAAUGAAUUGGAACAUGUGAACUCAAGUGAGGAUUCAGAGGAUUUGUCAAAGUCUUUGGUAAUUUUAAAAAAGGCCACGGACAAAUCUUCCUCCAAAGAAAAACGUUUCGAAUGUUCGGAAUGCAAACGUAAGUUUACCACAAAAUUCUAUUUACGUUUUCACAUACGACAACAACAUGAACCAAAAACUUUUCAAUGUGAUAAAUGCAGCAAAUCCUUUGUGGAAAAACGUUAUCUAACCUUACACCAGCGUUCCCACAUAGGUUACACUUGCCAGAUUUGCAAUAAAGUCUUUGAUAAAUAUGAAGCAUUACGCUAUCAUGGUGAAAGCCACAUAGAAUCGAGAAAUUUCAUUUGUGAUUAUGAAAAUUGUGGUAAGGCAUUUCCCAACAAUCGCCGCCUGAGUGCUCACAAACGUAGUCAUUUUGCUCUGGCGACGUUUGUUUGUGAAAUUUGUGGUUCACGCCAGCGUAGUAAAGAGUUUUUAAUCGUUCACAUACGCACGCAUACCGGUGAAAAGCCCUAUGCUUGCAGUCAAUGCGAUCGUCGUUUUGCCUCCAAACAUUUUCUACAAGAUCAUCAGGCAGUACAUGCUACAGAACGUUCUCAUGUGUGUACGGUUUGUGGUAAGGCUUUCGCCAGCAGUAAAUCCCUCUAUCAUCAUCGUCAUCUGCAUUCGGGCAUAAAGAAAUAUGUGUGUAAAAUAUGCAAUAGUGCAUACUCUCAGGCGGCUGGACUGUCGGCCCAUAUGCGUAAACAUAAACAGGAUAGCGGUCUGUUGGAUGUGCAGCAAACAACAUCUAACACUUGAUAACAGUAAUAUUAAAAUGAAAAUAACAUUUUAAACUCGAAUGGCUUGUUUAAAUUACA